GCCCUUUAACUCGAAACUUGUUGCAACAGAGGUGGCAUGAUCCCGGAAUCAUAGCACCAGUUCAGAGGCUUGUUCCAUUCUGUGACUCCUCUACGCAAUUCAGCGCUUCAAGCUUUAGCCCUUGUUGUAUUCACUUCUCUGGCCGGUCCAGGACUCGUCGUUAUGGGCGACGAUCUUAACCCCCUCAAGCGACCACGCAUUCAGGAUGCUAGUCCGUCAGACUCCAUCGUUGAUGUCAAGAAACACCCGUCGCUUUACCUCUCAGAUGGCAACAUCGUUCUUUACUCUGCCGCCAGUGAAGGAGAAGCAGUAGCGUUCUGUGUCCACAGAAGUAUGCUGUCGAAAGUAUCCCUUAUUUUCGCAGAUAUGUUCUCUUUGCCUCCGUCGGACGUGAAUGAGCAGCACGAAGGGCGGCCUGUGGUCCGGAUGCAAGACCGGGCGUCUGACUUGGAACAGCUCUUGAAGAUUCUCUAUCAUGAAUCAUCUCUUCCUAUGAAGCGCCUCGACCCACAGUUCCCAUCUGAAGUCAAGCCUAUCCUUCAACUCGCAAACAAAUAUGAAAUCACCUCGCUGAGGGGUCAAAUCGUGUCGCGCCUGACGGAGGAUUGGCCGACGACUCUGCGAGAGUGGGAUGCGCUUGAAAAGGAUAUCGCGACCAUGCGAGAGACCUGGGACGAACGUCUCGACUACACUGCUUCGGGCUCCGAUUUUUCUCUCGAUUCCCAUUUACCGGAACCCGUUGGAGCGCUGCACUUGGCCAAAGAAUGUGAGGUGCCUCAAAUUCUACCUGCCGUAUUCUACCAUCUUUCACGACUCUCUUUUUCCUUCUUAUUUUCAUGGGCCGGAAAUGCAAGAAGCUUCUUUGUGUCACCCAACGGUUCCUGACUGUCGGCUCUUCAUGCAGUCAUUGACACGUUGUUUCCUUGACGGCAGUGAUGAGUGCGACAUUCUCGGAGUGCUGAAGCAACGCUACGAAAAUUUGGAUGUAGAGGAAAUUUACCCAGGCAUGUGCGGCGAGUGUAGAGAUGGCUUUAGGGAAAAGAUCAAGGAAAUACGGGUCUUUCUAUGGGAGCAUACCCCCAGAUUCUUCGGUAUAUAACACCCAAUGCGUUCAUCCACGUGAUGUAUGCACCUGGGUUGACUCCAACUUUGCAUGAUCAUCUGCACGUUCAGUACGGGGUGAAUCUACACAGUAUAUCAUGGACUGACGGGAAUGGUGGCUUGCGCCUCCGCCUCCACGCAUUGUCGUUGGUCAAGGCCGAUUGGCAAGAUCAGAGAUCUCAGGCAUUGAUGUCCUGAGGCCAAGUGUAGGCGACCUACUUAUGAUAUCGCGGUGUAUCAGUCGGC